UCAUAUUGCGAUGGCUUCAUGAAAAAACUUUAUAUAUAUGCUGCUAUAAAUAUGGUAUAACUUUAAUUUUAGGAUACAGUGUAUAUCAUAAUUUAGAAUAUCAUACUUGUUACAUAAGCAUGAAAGAACAACAACUCACAAAACUUCGUCCAAGUGAAAUUUAUUUCACGAUGACAUAUAUACCAAACACAUUCAAGAUGGGCCCUGACACUCACGGACGGGUUCACAAAAACACACGGAUACAGGAUAUGAUUGACUUAAUCAAACUAGGAGAAAGAAAAGUUGAAGAUAUCCCCACAAUGAAAGUAUUUUCUCACAAUGGUCAAUGGAAAACGUUGAAUAAUCGGAGACUGUACUUGUUUCGUAUGUUAGAAAAAGAUGGAGUUCUGACUCACAUCAGGGUUGAAAUAAUUAAGCAUCGUCAUUGCGAAAAUGAAACCUAUAAAGCCGGAGAUUUUUAUAUUCCUAAGAAACAUUGGGGAAAUAAAUGGUCACAUUGGUUCCGCAGUAUAUUGUGUGCUGUAGUCAUAGUAUUUGUUAUUUCUUUGGUUGUUGCGAUUGUUUUAGUUACAUGUUAAAAUGCUGUUCAAUUUAUAAUUUCAUUAAAUUUUCUUGCCGUGGCCAUGUGUGCUGCUAUUUUUGUAGUGUUACCCAAAGUUUGAAAAAAUAGUAACAAUGCGAUGUAGCCCGUUGAUUUUCAAUAGUAGUUGGUAAUGAUUGAUAGCGAAACACCAAUUGGGGAUUUCUAUUUUAUGGAAACUAAUAAUUGUCUCGAUCCAUUUUGGCAUAAAAAGGAGCGAAAACACCAAUAUUUUAUAGCUUGAUAAGAAUGCAAACAGACAGGUUUUUCGUCCUCCAGGGUUCUCAGUUUCAGACAUUCUUUUUAGGUUUUUCAAGAUUAUUUUUCAAAUAUUUAUUCAUCGUGACAAAAAUGAUUGAUUGAACGUGAGGUAAGAUGUAUGAAUCACGUUGGCAGACUGCCACCACUGAUAAAUUCUAAAAAAGGCUUAAUAAAGUUCUGUUAUACUGGCUUUGAACUUUAAAACGAGAUUCAGAGAUUUUUAGAGUUCGUGUCGUGCAGGGUGAAUUUUGAUUUCUAAUUUGUUUUCAUGAUUUAUUGUAUAUCAUGAAUAUUUCAUUCUGAAUGAAUUGAGAAGCAACAAUUUGACGCGAAUGCCUGAUUGUCUUUCACAAAACACAAGUGAACAAGAAAAUAUAUUUCUAGCCCAUUCUGCUGAUAUAUUAGAAAAUAUAAAAAAUAAUUAUGUUGAAUUAUGGCGACAUUACGUUUACAUUUAUAUUUUACUCAUAAUGACUGCAAAAAUUGUAUUUAAGCACAUUUCACGAAGUGUUAAUUAGAAAAAAUUUUUGCAUUUUUUUUAUUUUGAAUAAGAUUUAAUUUUAUUUCUAUUUCAUUUUUUUACUAUUUUCUGUGUGGAAUUUUUAACUCACAAUCUUUCACGAUCUUUGUUACGGUCUUCGGGAUGCUAAAUGAUUGAUGAAACUUUUUAUUGAAAAACAAAGAUCAGGAACAGUUACCGCAAACAUUCCGACGAUUGGUGAUAAUUCCUCUUCUCGAAAAUAAUGAAGACGAAAAAUGACGCGAUCAUACACAUACGAGAAAGGUGAAAAAAUCUAUAAAAGCAAUGCAUAUCCACAUGCAUACAAUGCGCAAAUCGCGAAAGAAGUUCACAAUGAAUCUGUAUGUGUUGUCGAUUUUUUUGGUGGCUGGAAUACAAAUAUCUGGAUCGAGUGCUCAAGAAUUUAUUCCUACUGAGUUUUUCAAACAAUUUGAUGACGAGGUAUCUCCAAACGAAGCUUCAAUGUUUGAUUUUCCGAUGGAGAAAGGCUUUGAUCGUCACAAGCAUAAAAGAUGCGCUCGUUUCAGAUAUUCGUCUCCUCCAGAAGACUCCUGUGAUGUUCAUCGGUCGCCCUCUGGAUCUUGCAGAAGUAGAAAAUGUACUCAAGCUUCUUACUACGGAUCGUCUAAAUGCAUGAAACAAGUCAAACUUUAUAGACCAUUUUACCACGGAGGUGUCGAAUGCAUUUCCGCGACUAAAGCAUGCUCAGGCAGCGAUGCCGACCCAACGAUGUAUCCGAUGCCUCGUGAAAAUCUUAUGUAUCCGGAACCGGUUGAAGCCAAUGAUGAAGUGGGCAAUGGGUGUGAAUGUCAGACUAUCUGGUUUCUUCGCCAAAUACACACAAUUUAUGAAAUCGAAGAAAUGGGGAAAUUGUUUAAAGGAAAUGUUACAGUGAAAAUUCCAAGGAAAUGUGAAUGUAGAAGGAAGAAGAUACAGAUGGGUCCUAAUUAUGGACGAUAAAAAUAUAUUCAAACAGUGCAAUUUUGUCGUUUUAAAAAAAACUGAAAACGACGAU